AUGAUAUGCCAGCAGACCGGCUGGUCCGGUCAACCCGUGAAAACACACGAUUCCAGCGGCGAUCCGGCGGUACGCUUAAAACCCGUCGAAGACCACCGCCGCCUACGCAUCACCUUCAACGGCUCCGUUUCGGAUAUCCUCCCCUGGAAGUUUACACCGCAGCAACGAGAAGUCCGCGUGCUACCGGGCGAAACGGCAUUAGCUUUCUACACGGCCACGAACAAGAGCGACGCAGACAUUAUUGGGGUGGCUACCUACUCCGUAACACCUGCGCAGGUGGCGCCAUAUUUUAGCAAAAUCCAGUGUUUUUGCUUUGAGGAACAGAGACUGAAUGCCGGCGAGACGGUCGAUAUGCCCGUGUUCUUCUUCAUCGAUCCGGAGUUUGUGAAGGAUCCGCAGAUGAGGGGCAUCGAUACCAUCACGCUCAGCUAUACGUUCUUCAAGGCGAGAUACGACAAGAAUGGAGUUUUGACUACGAUACCUAUGGGAAUGGCGCCUAUGUAG